AUGCCACAACUUGCCAUAUUUGUGAGGUAUGUGUCAAAAGACUUAGAGGUGGUGGAAGAACUCUUAGACCUGGUUACUUUGAAGAAUACUACUCGGGGUUGUGACAUUAAAGAAGCCCUGGAUGGGGUUUUACAGAAAAACGCAGUGCCCAUCGGUAAUAUUGUCAGCAUUGCUACCGAUGGUGCACCUUCUAUGACUGGUACAAAACAAGGGCUUAUUGGACUAUUAAAAGCUGACACAUCAUAUCCUGAUUCCCUACCUGUACAUUGUAUUAUUCACAGAGAACAUUUAGCAGCAAAAUAUUUUCAAUAUCCGCAUAUUAUGCAGAUAGUUCUAAAAAUUGUAAACUGUAUUCGCUAA